CUAACAGGAACGAUUUUGAGGUUUCUAAGGAAGAGCAGGUUGCUAAGGGCGCCGGGGGAUCGCUUAGUGAGCGGACCGGCGGAAGUGGUUGGAGAGGAAACUUCCGGUUGUCACUCUGUUCUCUGCUAUCUGGAUAAACAUGUCUGCCGAGUUCCAGGGUUAUGAGCAGGACUAUGGAGUCCUCACUGCCGACAUCACCAACAGGAUCGGGAAGAUUCCCAAGCUGUCAGGAGAGGAGAAGAAGCAGAUGGUGAUGAACGUGGAGAAGCAGCUGGAGGAGGCCAAGGAGCUGCUGGAGCAAAUGGACCUGGAAGUUCGUGAGAUCCCCGUUCAGAGCCGGGCGAUGUACAGCAACCGCAUGAGGAGCUACAAGCAAGAGAUGAGCAAACUGGAGGCCGACUUUAAAAGGUCACGGAUCGCCUACAGUGACGAAGUGCGAAAUGAGCUUCUAGGGGACGAUGGCAACUCCUCAGAGAGCCAGUUGAUAAAAUUACGGGAAGAGAGGGCUCAUCUGUUGGAUAACACAGAGAGGCUGGAGAGGUCAUCGCGGAGGCUUGAAGCUGGAUACCAAAUAGCGGUCGAGACCGAACAAGUUGGUCAAAACAUCUUGGAAAACCUGAGCCAGGAUCGGGAGAAGAUCCAGCGAGCGCGAGACAGGCUUAGAGAAACAGACACCAACCUGGGGAAGAGCUCCAGGAUCCUGACCGGGAUGUUACGAAGGUAAGAGAGGAUCAUCCAGAAUCGGGUUUUACUCGUAGUCUUGGGCAUCAUCAUCGUCUUCACCAUUAUCCUGGCCAUUUACUUCUCUUUUCGGGGGCACUGAUUCUGUCUAUUCUCCAGGGGGGUCAAGGAAGAGCGAGUGUUUCCCGAGCUCUAUGAAACAAUGGCCCUCACCACUGCAGGUCAAGAAACUGUCCAAAGGGUCCACCCAGGACCCUCCACCAUCUCUAUGGGAACCAUCUAUUGACCCUUCAAACUUUUUCCUUUGCAAGAUGAAGACACAAUAACAAGAAGUCAACUUUUUAGGUGUCAAGUUAUAUAUUUCUUGAUUUUUGCAUUGUAUGUUUGUUUUUCCUUUCCAUGUCUGGGGUAAAUUCCGUUAUUACUUGGCCUCUGGAUCUCAUGGAUAAGGUCAUGGCCGAUGGUUGACAAUUUUAUUGUACUUGUCUAAUUUUUAACUAUGAUCAUCCUUUAGGGUGUAGGGUUAAGGAAAUGAAAAUGUAUUGUUUGGGUAGUUGAUUUAGGGGUCAGUUAAAGGGGGAACUUCAGUACUGAAAUUGUUAUCCCCUCUUCACAGUAUAGGGAUAAGUUCUGAUCACGGGAGUCCGACCGAUGGGACCUCCCGCAAUCUUCUGCUCGGCACCCUGGUGUUCUGAACAUUUGUGUUCAGAACAAUGGCUCUUCUCUUGUUCAGAGUGGCUGUAGUCAACAUGCCCCUCCAUGCAUCUCUAUGGGAGAGGCGGAGAAACAGAGCUCGUGUAUCUCUGUCUCUCCCAUAGAGAUACACAGAGGGGCAUGUUGACCACAACUCCAUGCACGAGGAGAGCAGGGGCGCUAGGCAGGAGAUCGCGAGGUCCCAACUAUCAGAACCCUGCAAUCAGACCCCUGCAAUCAGACACUUAUCCCCUAUCCUGUGGAUAGGGGAUAAAAUAUUAUGUACUGGAGUUCCCCUUGGAGAAUUCCAAUCACUACCAAAUACUUAUAUCUAUCUGCACAUUAUGAGGGUAGUGUUCCCCUUAAUACUAACAUGUUAUUUCCCAUCAGGCAGGUGGGUACCAGGCUACACCUCCUUUUUGUAUAGCCCUACACUUGGGAUAUGAGUAGUGGUCAACAGUGGCAGGAGUAGAUGCAUUAUGGGAGAUGACUACUUAUCCAUACUGCUAUUUUCAAGCCUGAUACUCAGGAGGUCCUUAUUGUAACAUUCUGGACGGUUCCUUGAAGACAGUCUUGUUCACAGAGUUCGGCUGUGAUUUGUCUACGUACUGUUUGAGUCUAUGAUCUUCCACCAGAAGUGAAAUGAUCCAGGGAAUAACCCAGAUUUCUGCCCCUAUUGAUUUUUGCUUUAAUAUAUGUUGUCCUUUUAGUUGCACGUUCGUUCCUUCCUGUCAGUGAUUUUUGAUUCAUCUCAGCUCUUAGCUUUAGUCAAAAAAUAAGUCAGUAUAAGGGUGAUGGUACUUCCUCUAAUGGAAGCCGAGAUGUAGAUUGUUCUUUUCUACUGAAGCCAAGGCCAAAGUAUUGUCAUCGAUUUAAUAUUAAGGUUCCUGGGCAUCUGGAGAAGGAACGAGCCAGUAAACAUGGGAGAAAAUAAUGGUGGUCUACAUGGCUCAUGGAGGAAAAUAAUGGUGGUCUACGUGGCUCUAGACAUCAUGUAUCACCGGGAAUCUUCUCCAGUCAGAUCAUAUUUGAUAUUUUCCAUUGGAUGUCCAUUGUGAUAUAAUUCCCCAGCUGUAAAAAGGUUCCACCAAACUACAGCCAACAACGUAUAGAAAGAAACACGGUCAAGAAUUUAAAGGGGUACUCCGCCCCUAGACAUCUUAUCUCCUAUCCAAAGGACCCCCGCGAUCACCCUGCUGCACCCAGCGUUUGUUUAGAGCGUUGGGUGCAGCGCCGGAGGCUUGUGACGUCACGGCCACACACCCUCAAUGCAAGUCUAUGGGAGGGGGGCGUGACGGCCGCCACGUCCCCUCCCAUAGACUUGCAUUGAGCGGGCGUGUCCGUGAUGGCACGAGCAGGGUGUGGCCGUGACGUCACGAACUUCAGCCCCACAUCGCCAGUCAUGCGGCAGCAAGGAGCAAAGUUCGCUCCAUGCACCGGAUGUCUGGGGUGCUGCAGCUGAGAACGAGGGGGUCCCCAUCGGCGGGACCCCCACAAUCAGACAUCUUCUCCCCUAUCUGUUGGAUAGGGGAUAAGAUGUCUAGGGGUGGAGAACCCCUUUAAGGAUUAGUAAGUAGACAACAUAUACAAUGCUAAAUUUUUGCUCAACUUGAGAAGAUCUGUGAGGUUCUGCCAUAAGAUGGAACAUCGUAUUCCGGCAAAUAGACUCCCGAGGUUUUAAGUUGUCUUCACAUGCCCAUGAACGUAGUUGCCUAAACGUGCCCACUGACUACAGGGGGAACGUACAACUUUCUGUAGUGUAUUGGGGCCUCCAAACUCUCGCCUGAAUAAUGAUGUUGGGUUAGAUAAGACUGGGCAUGGUGGAUUUUAGCUGCCUAGCUACUUCUAGUGUCUCUACAAUAACUUUACAGAACAAAGACUUAUGUCCAAAUGUUGGCAACCCCCCCCCCUGCACUGUGUUAGGCUUAUCUAUACUGCACCCCUAUUUUGACAAUGUAAUGACCUGAUUCUCAUGACAAGAAGCAGGGUUGGCAGAUCUCUACUCUACAUAGGAAGUCACCCUUUCUGCCCCUUACUAGCUACACAACAUUUUUCUGCCGAACCUGCUUAGCCGGCCAUCUUAAAUGGUCAAAUGAGAAGAUAGUAUAUGUUUUAUACUUAGUUUAAUGGGUAACUUUUAUAGGGUUUAUCCAGCAUUUUCCUAAAAUGCAUAUCCUGUUGGCGUGGAAAAAAUUCUGAAAAAAAACUAUACUUACCCCUGGUCCCCUGCAGCUUCCUUUGGCUGCAAUGGGUUCUGUGAUUUUCUGUUUUCUUUCUGCUUUGAGACGAGCGCUUGGUGCAAGACAUUCCAGUUCGGCCAAUCAGUGGCCUCUGGUGUCCCGUCUCAGCCAAUGAUUGGCUGAGCCUGCAGGUCCUGCACCAAGUGCUCUGUUCAGAAGCAGGUAGAAGAGAGAAGAUCGAUGGACCAGACGGAGCCAAGGAUCAGAGCUUGGUAAGUAUUUUUUUUUUUCUUCUUCUAUUUUUUCCCGCCCCCAGCAGGAUGUGAAUUUUAGCAAAACACUGGAUAACCCCUUUAAGCAUUAGAGAUGAAGGCCCAGGCCGGUGUCAUGCAAAUCAACUCUAGCAAAAUAGAGCGUAUCUGAGAUGUAAGACCUAUGGAGGUGGGUGCAUGAUCAUCAGGAGCCGCCAUAUCAGAUCCUUAGCAUUAAAGGGGUACUCCGUCCCUAGACAUCUUAUCCCCUAUCCAAAGGAUAGGGGAUAAGAUGUCUGAAUGUGGGGGUCCUGCUGCUGGGACCUCCGCGAUCUCUGUGCAGUACAGUACCCGCUUGGAGUGGUAGCGGUGGUCGUGAAGUCAUUGUCCCGCCCCUCAUGACAU